UUGUGUUGGAGAGGUCAUGCAUUCUAUGCGCACGAAGUAAACAACACAGAACGACCAAUACAUCGAUUUUCAGUGGUGCUCUUCGCCAGUUUUCCCGUGUUCGAUAAUUGUUGUAGAAUGAAUCAAUAUCGAAAUUUCAAUGGGAUAAAAAUGGAAUCCAGUUCAUUCGACUUUACUGUCAGAGUUAAAAAGGAGCCUAGGGACGUACUGCCUAAUGAGAAUGAUUGGGAUACGAUUGACGAAAAACCAGAUCUUAAAAACUUCCAACUCUUACCAUCUUUGCAAGAAAAUACCAUCCAUACCCUUAAAAAGUGUGCCGAGAAUGAUGAACGUAAACUCGAUGACGAAAUGGAAAUAAUCGUUGAAUGUAAAGAUGUCAAGCUUAACAUGGAUUUAUUCAAAGUCGAAAAAUUUGACAACGAUUCUCAAAAUCUCUUGCAGGGUAGAAAGAAUAAUGAUGGUUGUAAAACCCAAAAGGUAGUUAAAAUGGAACUCAGGGAGGAAGUACAACAGGCAUCUUUUGUGAACACCGCAGAAGAAUCGAAUUUGAAUUUGGUCUGUAAACGUGGCGAACAAAAUAAAACAAGAAAAAUAACAAAAGAGUUGAACAACGAACGUAACCACAAAAGACACCGAGGUACCAUGCAUAAUGCUAGAACUUACAUGUGUGAAACAUGCAGCAAAAAUUUCGCAUCUGAGGGCAAUCUGAACAAGCAUGUCAUAUCAGUACAUAGUUAUACUACCCACUCAUGUGAUACAUGUGGCAAGAAAUUUGCGCAAAAAGGUAAUCUUAAAAUUCACAUCGAUUCAGUGCACAAUGGUGUCAAACAUGUAUGUGAUAUAUGCCAAAAGACAUUCGCAACGAAAGGUAAUUAUAAAACCCACAUAGAAUCGGUGCACAACAAAAUCACGUAUCCAUGUGAUAUAUGCCAAAAUACAUUCUCAGGCAAGAACAGUCUUAAAAAACACAUUGAUUCGAUGCAUAGUGGUAUCACACAUGCAUGCGACAUUUGCGGAAAUGUGUUCAAACGAAAAGAUGAUCUCAAAAAACACAUCGAUUCGGUUCACAAUCGAGUGCGGCAUGCAUGUGACAUUUGUGGAAAAACAUUCACACAAAAAAGUCAUCUCAAUACUCACAUCGAGUCGGUGCAUAAGAAAAUUACGCAUCCAUGUGAUGCAUGCCAAAAGGCAUUCUCAAAUAAGAGUAAUUUCAAAACUCACAUCGAUUCUGUGCAUAAUAAAAUCACGAACACAUGCAAUAUAUGCCAAAAGACAUUCUCAGAUAAGAGUUAUCUAAAAAAACACAUCGAUUCAAUGCAUAAUGGUGGCGGACAUGCAUGCGAUAUUUGCGGAAACACAUUCACACAAAGACAACAACUCAAAACCCAUAUGGAUUCCGUGCAUCAUAAAAUCACGCAUCCAUGUGAUAUAUGCCAAAAGACAUUCGCAGAAAAGGGUUAUCUCAAAAAACAUAUUAAUGCGAUACAUAAUGGUGAUUCACAUGCAUGUGAUAUUUGUGGAAAGGCAUUCACUCUAAAAGGUCAUCUUAAAACCCACAUCGAUUCGGUGCACAAUCGAGUCGGACAUGCAUGCGAUAUAUGCCAGAAGACAUUCACACAAAAAGGUAAUCUCAAAUUUCACAUCGAUUCAGUUCAUAGAAAAAUUGCCCAUGCGUGCGAUACAUGCGGCAAGACAUUCGCCUCGAAGCAAACUCGCAAAAAGGACAUAGAUUCGGUACAUGCCUUGCGCAUUGAAACUCGAUAA